AUGGGUUAUUUCUCCCUUUAUCUGGUCGGGCAAGCCUUUGACGUCGGGUUCACGCUGCACAUACUCAUUGUCGAUGACGAUGUCAUUCACGGCCGCAGUGUAAGGGACGUUCUGGCGGCCCACAAUUACCCAGCUGACGUCGCCACCACCGGGCAUGACGGGCUUGCGCGACUGCGCAAGGCACACACCGACGGCAAUCCUUAUCAGGUUCUCAUUCUCGAUCUGCAUAUUCCGGAUCUGAUGGGCGUUGAUGUUUUAAGCGCAAUCAAAACCCACGGCCUGGCGGUAAAAACUGUUGUGCUCUCAGGCGAAAGUGAGCUGUCGACCAUCGCCCCCAUUCUGAAGCUGGGGGCCUACGACUAUCUGCGCAAACCGUUUCAGGUACCUGAACUGAUCACCAGCGUUGCCAACGCCUUGUCAGCCUUCCAGUUGGAGCAGGAAAAUAAAAGCAUGCAGGCAGAAGCAGCCAGCAAUGCCCGUUUGUACCAGUUCCUGCUGAAUGCCUCUCCAGACCUUAUCUAUAUGCUGGAUGAACAUGGUCAAUUCAGAUACCUGAAUCACCAGCUCGACGGCGUUUUUGAUGCUGAUUACAACAGUCUCACCCAGACAGACUGGCAACAUCUGUUUGUUGGCAGGCAGAAUCUGGUUGAUCAGUUACAACACCAGUUCAACGAACGUCGAACCGGCAUUCGUGCAACUGUUGGCGAAGAGUUCACCUACACGUCCAGCGUCGGCAACCAACACACCCUUGAACUGUCCGCCAUUGGCCUCUACGAAGGCCGUUCAUCUGACGCACUGGGCAAAUUUAUCGGCACUUAUGGCGUUAUACGGGAUGUCACGGAAACCAGACGUACCCGCCAGGCUCUGCACCAGAGCCAGCGAAAAUUUCACAGCCUGUUUGUCGACAGCCCGGAUGCCGUUUUUAUUGCGCGUAUCGAAGACGGUCUGAUCAUUGAACGCAACCCGAACUUUGACAAUAUCUGUGCAGUGAUGGGUGUCAGCGACGAUCGGCAUGACAGUUUCCUGUGGACGCCUGAACACCAGCGUAGUGAUUUCAUCAGCGGCCUCGCCAGGAAUCCGGAACAUUUCGACUGGACCUUUGCACGCGACGUCCAGGGCGAGCCGCGUUUUUUCGAGAUACGCGCGCGACAGCUGGAGCUUGAAGGUGAGCUGUGCAUGAUUGCAACGGUUCGCGACCGCACCCACGAACGUCGUGCUGAGCAGGACCGUCUGACCUUGCAGGAACAGAUGCAGCAAGCCGGUCGUAUGGAAGCUAUCGGUCAGGUCGCCGGCGGUAUCGCACAUGAUUUUAACAACAUUCUCGCGAGCAUCAUCGGCUACGCUGAACUCAUCAUGAACGCCCGUGCUCGCCUGAGUGAAGAUCAGGUUGACCAGUACCUGGGAGAAGUGGUUACCGCUGGCCAUCGCGCCAGAGAUCUCAUCUCCCAGAUGUUAACGUUUACCCGCGCGCAACGUGGUGAAGCCCAUCCCGUAGAUAUCCGCGAAACAAUUUCCGAUGUCUCGCGUAUGUUACGCGCGGCGAUUCCAGCUUCGAUCACCAUCGAUACUGUAUUUGCAGAUCCACUGCCCGCUGUCAUCGUUGAUCCUGUGCAGAUCCAGCAGGUUGUCAUCAAUUUACUGAUCAAUGCCAGGGAUGCCAUCAACGGCAACGGACGAAUCACAAUCAAUGUGUUUGAGGAAACUCAGCCGGCUGUCUGUCACACCUGUGGUGAACCCAUCACACCCGGCAAUGUGGUCAUUCGAGUCAGUGAUGAUGGCCACGGCAUAUCAAAAGAACUGCUGGCUAAAGUUUUUGAAAUGUAUUUCACCACCCGAGAGCCCGGUCAGGGCACGGGCUUUGGUUUGUGGAUGAUUAACAAUCUGGUACACGAACACCACGGACACAUCACGCUGGACAGUACCGCCGGUCAAGGUACAAGUUUUGGUAUCUAUCUGCCUACCGCGGAAGUGGACGCAACUGACAAUCAGCUCCUGCAGGUCCCCGCACCGCAAAUGAGUGGCCGCAUUGUGGUUGUGGAUGAUGAAGUAUCAGUGGCCAACUUCAUUGGUGAGGUGCUGCGGGACAAAGGGUAUCCGACCCUGGUAUUUACGGAAAGCCCCCAGGCUUUGGACUAUCUGGAACGCAACAUUGAUGAUGUUGCUCUGCUGCUCACGGAUGGUUCCAUGCCGUUGAUCACCGGCGUCGAGCUGAUUCAGAAAUUACGCACAUUCAAUACACAGCUGCCGGUGAUUUACAUCACCGCAUACACUCAGAGCACAGACAGCAAAGCCCUGACAAAACUGGGUGUGAACCGCUACCUGCAGAAGCCAUUCAGUAUUGACGAUAUGCUCGCCGCUGUUGCCGAUUUGACCAAGACUGAAGAAACCGCAGAAAGUUAA